AUGGCAAAACUUAAAGAAACAGUGUUGCUAGGCUGGCCAGAUAAAAUAUCUGAAGUAGACCCAGAUUUACAAGAAUAUUGGAAUUUCAGAGAUGAAUUAUGUAUCUGUGACGGACACUUGUUAAAAGGUGAUCGUCUAAUUACACCAUCUGCUCUUCGUCCAGAAAUGUCAGUAUGUCAGAGUGCAUGAAUAAGGAAGAAUUUGAAGUUCAUUUAUUGGUACCAAUAUCCCAAGAAAAACCGGAAGAGUUUAAGAGGGAACUAGAUCGAGAUCCCAUUAUGGCAAAACUUAAAGAAACAGUGUUGCUAGGUUGGCCAGAUAAAAUAUCUGAAGUAGACCCAGAUUUACAAGAAUAUUGGAAUUUCAGAGAUGAAUUAUGUAUCUGUGACGGACACUUGUUAAAAUGUGAUCGUCUAAUUACACCAUCUGCUCUUCGUCCAGAAAUGGUAGACAAGAUACAUAGUAGUCACUUGGGAAUGGAGAAAUGUCUUAAUUGA